GUUUUUAAUUAAUUAACCUUCCGCAGUGUGAAAUAAACGUCUUGAGUUUUGGAUUAUAUUGAAUGAUCAACAGUAGUUUUUAUAGUCCAAAAUAAAUAUGGGCAUGUCAGUUAGAUCGCAUACUUCGAUAAUUAUUAGAAGAGUACUUUUUCUUUUCAUAGUUGAAAUUUCAUUGCUGUUUCAAACCUUUUUAAAUUGCGAAGAAGAGGCGAUGUUUACUAAAAAAAAAUUAUUUUUUUUUAAAAAGGUAUAAUUUUGAAAGAGUUUAACUUUCGGAUAAUUGUCAAGAAUGAAGGCCUGAAGGAGGAAAUAACAGCUAAGGAUUCCUCCAAUUCUUCACCAGGACGUUGUAUCUUUUAAACGGUGGUAAUGGCUUACUGUGACCUGUGAACUAAGUGGGGGAGGAUCAAUACUCUGCCAUUUCAUUCAUUCCACUGGGAUCUUGACAUAUGGCUACCAGCAUGGACUGAAGAUUAUACAUUAUAAGAAUAUUGUAAAUUUUGCUAGUCAUCAAAAUAAAACAGGUUUGAAAUGGGUCUAGUAUUUCUCUUCAUUUUGCUUCCUAUAUUUGCAAAAGCAUUUGAUUGGAAGCAUCACAACAAUAAAGAAUUGCCAGAAAUCUUAAACGAGGUGCACGCAAAAUGUCCCGAAAUUACAAGAGUUUAUACUUUACCAUUAAAAUCAGUAUUGGGUGUACCUCUAUACGCCAUAGAGUUUUCAACCACACCUGGUAAACAUAGGAUAUUGGUGCCUGAGUUUAAAUACAUAGCGAAUAUGCACGGGAAUGAAGUUUUGGGAAGAGAAUUAAUGUUAAAACUUGCUGAUUAUCUUUGUGAUAAAUAUAAUGAAGGAGAUGAAAAUAUUAAAAAACUCAUCUCCAUCACCAGGAUUCAUAUACUGCCUUCAAUGAACCCUGAUGGAUGGCAGCGUGCGACAGAGACAGGUGGAAAAGAUUACUUAAUUGGAAGAAACAAUAACAACAGUGUUGAUUUGAACAGAAAUUUUCCAAAUCUCAACAGGAUAAUGUUUAGCAAUGAAGAAUCACAUAUUGCUCAUAACAAUCACCUCUUGUCAAUGGUAGACAGACUCACACAGCCGAUCCAACCCGAAACUAAGGCAGUGAUCAUGUGGAUUAUGGCUAUUCCAUUUGUUCUCUCGGCAAAUUUUCAUGGAGGGGACUUGGUGGCUAACUAUCCGUAUGAUGAAAGUCGUUCUGGGGCCAUGACAGAAUAUACACAGAGUCCAGAUGACCACACGUUUAGACAUUUGGCUCAAGUAUAUUCCACUAAUCAUGUAGACAUGUCAGAUCCUAAUCGGAAAGGUUGCGGUUAUGACGGAUAUAAUUUUGGAAAACAGGGCGGAAUUACAAAUGGUGCGGCUUGGUAUAGUGUUGAUGGAGGAAUGCAAGAUUUUAAUUACCUAUCUUCGAAUGAUUUUGAAAUAACUGUAGAAUUGGGAUGUAAGAAAUAUCCAGAAGCUGAAUCAUUACCAGAGGAAUGGAACAGAAAUAAAGAUGCUCUGUUGAACUACAUUUGGGAGGCACAUAUUGGUGUAAAAGGUGUUGUUACUAAUGGAAUUUCUGGAGAGCCUCUUUCUAACACCAUUAUUCAUGUAAAAAACAUAACCGACAGCAAUCCGGUAGAUAUCAUGCAUGAUGUAACUUCAGUUCAUGGUGGUGAUUAUUUCCGUCUACUAACACCAGGACAGUAUGAAGUAACAGCCUUCCAAAGUGGAUUUCUUCCAGAAACAAAAGUUGUGAAUGUCGAAAACAGACCUUUCCAAGAAGCUAAAAGGAUUGAUUUCAAGCUUUUACCGAACCCUAUGUAUGAAAACCUAGACACAAAAAGUUUUCAAAGUCAAGAUUACAACACGUACCAAGACGAAGAAGAUAAACAUGAAAUGCAAAAUUUAAUCAUUUACAACCGACUAGCUAAUCGACCUGAACCAGUUUUAUCGCCCUCCUCUUAUUCAUAAUGUGAUACUUGUAAGUCUGUAAAAGAAAAAAAAAUAGUGGAAAUAUAAACCCAUUAAUGUCAGCAGUUUCAAAAAUGACAUAAAAGCAAAAAUAAUAGAUAUUUAUUAAAACUCUUAUUUCUUAGGCAGGCCAUAAAUUCUCUUGACUAUGACUAGUUUUAUCCAAGAAUAUCAACUUACAUAUUUUAAAUCUUUUUAAAUUUAUUUUAAGAUAUGAUCUCAUACACAAAAUUUAACUGACUUCAUCAUUUUGAAUUUUUAUCGAGUAUAGUGGAAUCUCUAUUAUCAGGAUUAAAUUAACGGACAAUCCAAUAGUCCACAUUGAGAUUCUUCACAUCUCAUUUCUUUUUUUUAAGGUAAAAAAAAAUUAACGAUUAGGUUACAUUUUGCCUUAAAAAAACUUCAGAAGCUCAGUCUAAAAAUUGGCUUCAUUCAUAUAACCAUCAAAAUAAGAUUGAACGUUAUUAUGAUUUCUUCCAAUAAACAUAAAAAUAGCAGAUCUUCAUUGAUCAUCAAUCUUAUAAUAGAUGAAUGACAUAAAUAACAAAGAUUCAUUUAUAACGUUAGAAAUUAAUAAGAGGAGCAUUAGAAGCAACAAAAUUUCACUAAAUUAUUUUAAGCUGAUGAAUGUUGAUAAUGCAACAAUAAUCACUGUAUAGCAAAUGAGGGCAGAUAUAAGAAAGAAAAAAAAGGCUAAUUAUUCGUUUAAAUAAAUACAUAUGUAUGGUGUGAUUGAUAUGAUAUGAUAAUGUUUUUAGUACAUUUAUGCUUAAUCAACUUAUUGAACAAAAUAAUAUCUAGGAUCAUCUAGGAUUUUUAAUGUCCGAUGACCCAUCCUCCCAGUUUGUUGACGGAUAAUGGAGGUUCCAUUGUAAAUUUAACAAUUGUUUUAACAUGAUAGAUAAAUAAAAAUCUGUUUCUACCAUCAAGAUUUCUGUUAUGAUAGAAAAAUUAACAAAAUGAUAGUUGGAAAACAGUAUACUUAGGUUGAAUCUUUGCAUUAAGAAAAGAAUAUUAUGUGUAACCACAAAAAGAAAAGGUUUAUUUUUACAUAAUUAUAUUUUUAUUUUAUUUUUCAUUGAUAAUGAAAGCUAUCUCAAAUAAUCAUUAAAGAGAUAUUUAAAAUUAUUUUUUUACACUUAAAAAACAAUAAAGCUUAAAUGAACAAUAUAGAGAAAACCAGGGUUUGAAAUUGAUAAUUAAAAAAAUCAAAAUCAAAUGAUUUUUAUUUUUGAUCAAGAGUGAUAAAUAUUAUAUCCUGA